AGGGGAUGCCUCUAUGACUCGGGUGGCCCCCCUCCUGUGCUGCAUUUCUGGUGCCUGGAAGAGGCUCUCCUCGAGUCCCCCAGGGCCAGGUGAAAGUCCCCCCUGGGUGGUGGCGAGGAGCCGGGCUGGGGCCUCGGGGAAGGGGAGUGCAGCCAGAUGGCGCCUGCCGAUCUGCCGCGCCCCCCAGCCGGGAACGCGCGCCGAGGUUGCCUCACUCGGUCAGAAAUCGAGGAAACUAUGGGACUCCUGUUGGACUUCGCUCCUGCAGUGGCCGUCGCACACCCGGUUCGAGUCCAGGGACACCGAGCCAAGCGAUCCCCAUGGAAGCCGGAACCCUGCGCUGGGCCCCGAGUCCAGGGACGCAAUGAGGGGACCUCACCACCGCGUGUCCGCGAGCGCGGCGGGGCCAGAGUCUCGGACUCAUCCUCAGACACGGAACCAGACACUAGGCCAGCCUUGGCGGGAGCCCAGGGCUGGCGAAGAAGUAGGGGUCAAGGCCGAGCCCGGGAAGAUGUACCAGAGCCUGGCGCUGGCCCCGAGCCCUGGCCAGGCCGCCUACGCCGACUCGGGCGCCUUUCUGCACGCGCCGGGCGCCGGCUCCCCGGUGUUCCUGCCGCCGGCGCGCGUCCCCUCCAUGCUGCCCUACCUGCCGGCGUGUGAGCCGGGCCCGCAGCCCCCGGCGCUCAAUGCUCACCCCAACUGGGCGCAGGCGGCCGCGGCAGACUCGUCAUCUUUCGGCUCCGGCAGCCCGCACCCGCCGGCGGCUCAGCCUCCCGGGGCCACCGCCUUCCCUUUCGCGCACAGCCCCCCGGGGUCUGGCGGCGGUGGCGGCGCCGGGAGCCGGGACGGCGGCGCCUAUCAGGGCACAAUGCUGGCUCGAGAGCAGUACUCGGCCCCGCUCGGGCGGCCCAUGGGUGCCUCAUACCCCACCGCGUACCCGGCCUACGUGAGCACCGAGGUGGCCCCGUCCUGGACCUCCGGACCCUUCGACAGCAGCGUCCUGCACGGCCUCCAGGGCCGCCCGGCUGGCCUUCCGGGCCGCAGAGCCACCUUCGUGUCCGACUUCCUGGAGGAGCUCCCGGGCGAGGGUCGCGAGUGCGUCAACUGCGGGGCCCUGUCCACGCCACUGUGGCGCCGCGACGGCACCGGCCACUACCUGUGCAACGCAUGCGGCCUCUACCACAAGAUGAACGGCGUCAACCGGCCGCUCGUGCGGCCGCAGAAGCGCCUGUCCUCGACCCGCCGGGCCGGCCUCUGCUGCACCAACUGCCAGACGACCACCACCACACUGUGGCGGCGCAACGCGGACGGCGAGCCCGUGUGCAACGCCUGUGGCCUCUACAUGAAGCUGCACGGGGUGCCGCGGCCCCUGGCAAUGAAGAAAGAAAGCAUCCAAACUCGGAAACGGAAGCCUAAGAACGUGGCCAAGACCAAAGGCUCCGCAGGGUCCACAGGGAACACCACAUCCUCCCCACCGUCCUCUGUCCCCGACCCCGAGACCUCAGCAGCCACUUUGAAACCCGAGCCCAGCCUGGCGUCCCCUUCGUGCCCUGGGCCCAGCAUCGCCUCCCAGGCCCCCAGCCAGGUGGACGACCCCCUGGCCCCCAGCCACUUGGAGUUCAAAUUCGAGCCCGAGGACUUUGCCUUCCCCUCCGCAGCCCUGGGCCCCCAGGCUGGCCUCGGCGGGGCCCUGCGUCAGGAGGCCUGGUGUGCGCUGGCCUUGGCCUAGGUCCCCAGGCACCCACCGGACCCACCUCGCUGCCUACUUGGCUCCAGCAUGGCAGAGACCGCCAGGCCCACCCGCCAGAAGAGGCUGGAGCCAGCAGGACCUCGAGGCGCUGGGCAUCCCCCUACACGCGGGCGGGGAGGCCUUCUGUGCAGAGGGCAGUCGGGCCGCAGAGCAGGAGGAAGGCUGAUGGGAGAAGUACUCGGGCCCCCGGCUCAGACAGCAAGGGAACCCCCAAAUGCUGUCCGAGGCUCUGAGCCACACUAGCCACUCCAGCCAAGGCUGACCCGGAGCACCCACCACCAACGUGAAUUCUGCUGUCAGCACGGGCCGUCGUCAUGUUUACAAGAGCAGCAGUUGGGAAAAACCCCAACCUCCUUUUGUAAAACCUGGAUCACAAGUGAAAUGACUGAGGCUGGGCAAGCAACAGAAUGAGGGGAGCAGCCAGAGGUGGGACCUCCUGAGGCCUCAGAGUCUGUCCUUCAUUUCCCACAUUUGACGAGUAGAACCAUGGCUCAGAGAACUUUCCCUUCUCUGAGCACAGGACUGCCAGGGACAGAUGUGCCGGUCAUGCACUGUGCCAGCACACCACCCCAAGGGGAAGCCGUUCACAUCACAGUCACCAUGGGCUUGUGUAUUUAUUUGAAUGGUUUUCCCAGAGGGGGCAGUAAAGGGCCUUGUUCUGAGUGAA